AUGAACCAGAGUAUGAAGCCUCAGUUUCUGUCUCUCGCUGGAGAUCUCCAUGCUUACAUUCUGACCUUCCUUUCUUACCAAGAUAUUCUUCGGUGCGCAUCCGUAUGUACAGGCCUUCGCCAGAUGUACUUGUCGUCUUCUGAACUUCAGUACAUCGUUGAACUCGGUGGUCAACAGCUGCUUCCUGUCAAUCUCCAACCCGGAGUUGACGACCACAUUCCUAUCUCGGAGCGCCUACAGCUCCUGAGGGACAAAGCCCACGCGUGGUUCAAAUUUAACACUCGGCCUGUCCAAACAGUCAUCGUACCAAAAAUAUUCUAUAGUGAUAAAGCAUUUGUCUCCAAUGGCCACCUCUGCCUCUGCGAUACUGAAAAUCUAUCAGGCUUCGCCAAGAUUUUUCCAAUAGCACCAGAGCCCUCACAACAAGCAAUCGACCGUGAAUGGUCUUCAGAAUCGCUAUCUUCACUUCCCAACACACAGAACAUCGAUGUGCUCAUGGACCCAGAACAAAACCUAAUUGCUGCCGCAUAUGAUGUUAUUGGUGGGUCAUAUAUCGACCUUUUAGCUUUGGAUGGAGAUGGGGUCCACCCCCAAGCUGCUGGAAGAAGACUUAUAAUGUCCCCUGAGCUACUCGGACGCCAGAACAUGGACUUUCAAGCCUUAGAUUCUGACUCCGAUAAGAACUGGAGGCUUGAGAGCCUAGGGAGGCAUAUUGCUCUCUGGCGCCAUGAGUCGCCACGCGGUGAACCAGACAGGCUCUUAUGGUGGUUACAGAUUUGGGACUGGCAGUACUCCACAAUGUCCAAUUGCGUCCUCAGCGGCACUGUAUUCGACGCCGAACAGUUUGAUGGCUUGAUUGAUUUUUGUUUCCUCGGAAGCAAUAGAUUGCUAAUUGUCAUGAAUGACAAUUUGAAGGUCUAUUCAAUCGAGGAUAUGUCCCAGGCGCCGGAAUUGCUGGCAUGUUUCCUGUUUCCUGCACAAGUGCAGUUCAUAAGAUGCUUCCCCUCGAAAAUCAACUUGAAUCUUGCACGCACCCAACGAACAAUGUGGACCUCCGACCCCGCACAUCGAUUGCUAUCCCUGCUCACAUACUCUUCUGAGGCUCUCUUCCAUUUUGUCAUUUCCGCCAGUAUCUUCUUCCAGCUGGACCUCUUCGAAGGAAUGACAACGGCAGUACCAUGGAAACAUUGGGGCCCUUUAAAUUCUCGUGUUUUCCAGGACAAUGAGAUGUUUGGUUUUGGCCUUGGCGGGAGUCGAGUCUUCAAGGCCAUCCCUAGUAUAAUCGAAAGGUCAUACAGUGACCUCGUGGAGUACAGAUUACAUAUGAUGGACUUCAGCCCGUUAGCUGUUAAGCACCAGCAAGGUCUAGGACAAGUGGUGAGAGAGCCAUCUACCAUAGACUUGGAGGGAGAGUUGGUAACAACCUCCCUGCCUUAUGUCGAGGUCGUGUCGGACACAAAGUCGUCUCACGAGCCGACUCCGAUAUGGGUCGAUAAAAACAGAAUAUAUGUGCUUCAAAGCGAUACGGCAAGUGCAGAUUCUUUCCUGUCUCAAGGAAGUCCAAGCUGA